CAAGAGAACAGGUUCUGGGGGAUUCUGGUGGGCUCCUUUGCCCUCCUUCGUUGCUUCCCUGAUGCUUGGCUGUCAGCGAAAUUUCUCCUCAGUGCAUGUAAGUCUUCAGCUACUGAGGGCUCAUGAAGUUUCUUCUUAGGUCCUGUUUCUAGACUGCCAAAAAGCAAAGAAGAGAGCCAGGUAUCCUGCGAACUGUGCCCAUAAGAUGCCAAAAGAAGAGGCUUACUUCAUCCUUGGCUACCCCAAGAAGGGGCACAACCACUCCUACAUCACAACUGAAGAGGCUGCAGGGAUUGGAAUCCUGACAGUAGUCCUGGGAAUUUUGCUGCUCAUUGGCUGCUGGUAUUGUAGAAGACGAAGUGGAUACAGAAGCUUGAGGGACAAAAGCAUUCACGCUGGCACUCGAAGUACCUUAACAAGGAGAUGUCCACGUGAGGGGUUUGGUCACCAGGAUAGCAAGCUGCCUUUUCAAGAGAAUAAUUGUGAACCUGUGGUUCCCAAUGCUCCACCUGCCUAUGAGAAACUCUCUGCAGAACAGUCACCACCACCUUAUUCCCUGUGAGAAUGCUGAGAGGUGCUGAAAUGAUUUCCCUUACAAUUUUGCUGGAAUUUAAUAUGGACAUCUAAUAUUCUGCUUUGGAAUGCUGUAGAAACAGUGUAAAUCAUCCCUAAUAAUAAGCUUAGUAUUAAAUUGUUAGUAGAGCAACUAGUAAUACUAAUUGGAGAAAUUAUGAGAAAUAUUAAAAUGGAAAAAACUUUCUUAAUAAACACUAUAAUG